AUGAGAGCAGUCCGGUUUCAUGGAGCCCGGGACAUCAGGGUCGACCAGAUCGAGGAGCCCGUUUGUGGAGAAGAUGAGGUUAAGAUUCGUCCUGCCUUUGUCGGGAUCUGUGGGAGUGAUCUGCACGAGUACCUCGCAGGCCCGAUCGUGAUCCCAACGAAACCCCACGUCCUGACGGGCGGACAGCUGCCCGUGACCCUAGGCCAUGAGUUCAGUGGUACGAUCGAGGAGGUAGGGAAGGGUGUCACAGGUCUCAAGGUCGGAGACCGGGUGGCUGUUAGGCCUAAUCUGUCUGAUGGGACUUGUGCGUCGUGUUCGUAUGGCCGGCCGAACUGCUGUCGGAGUCUUGGGUUUAUUGGGUUUAGUAGUAACGCGGGGGGUCUAUCAGAUCAUGUCGCCGUUCCAGCGAAGCAUGCUAUCCCAUUACCGGAGAGCGUCCCACUUGAUCUUGGUGCGGUCGUCGAACCUCUCACUGUGGCCUGGCACGCUGUAGACCGCAGCCCAGUGGAAACAGCCAAAACUGCACUCGUGGUCGGCGGCGGCCCCAUCGGGCUCGCAGUCGUGCAAGUCCUAAAAGCACGAGGCGUCCAAACCGUCAUCGUCGCCGAAGUUUCCAGCCAGCGCCGCGAGUACGCCCUAGCCCUCGGCGCGACUCACGUCUUCAAUCCUCUCACAGACGAUGUUGUCGCCAAAACCCGCGGAUUGACGGGCGACGCAGGCGCGGAUAUCAGCUUCGAGUGUUCUGGCGUCCAAGCAGGGUUUGAUACGGCGAUGAAAGCAAUCCGGGUGCGGGGGACAAUGACUAUCGUGUCGCUGUGGGACAAGAGUCCCGCUAUCGAUGCGUUUGAUGUUGUUUCGUAUGAGAAACACGUUAUUGGCGCGGCGAUUUGCGAGGAUGGUGAUUUUGAGGCCGUUAUUGAUGCUAUUGCGUCGGGGAAGCUCAAUCCCCGCCCCAUGAUCACCAGCAAGAUCCGGAUGGAGGAGGUCGAAGAAAAAGGGUUCAAGGCCCUCGUGGACGAGAAGGACAAGCACGUUAAGAUCCUAAUUGAUAUUGCCGCGUGAUUAGAUGAAACAGGACCGAAGGACUGAAUGAACCAUGUCUUUAAGAUUGGUGGAUGCUACUCUGGUGUUGGACAAAUGUGUCAGGAGGCUCACUGUGACACCAUGGACCCGGCUGGACGGGUUAAUCUAGCUAUAGUACGGGGAUUGUGCCUAAAAAUAUACGCGAAACCGAAGCCUCCGGGACCUGAGUAAAUAAACAGCUUCGGCUGAACCGAUAUGAUUUGAAUGUCAAUUAAGUUUCCUUGAAACGUAUCGGCGACUCAUGAGGCCUUAGUGUUCCUGGCGCUUGGUGCUUUACAACAGACGGAGAGAAGAAAUGAAACUAUCUCAAAUGCAAGCGCCAUGAGCGCUCAUGCAGUCAUGCAGUCAGACACGUGUGGCAAUUGGUGAAAAAAAAAAAAAGAAAGAAAGAAAGAAAGACGUGAAUUAUCCUGCAACCGCA